AUGUCGACCUCGCCAGACACAGCCAGGAGGAAUGAUGGCAGUCCAGCCGCGCGUGUGCUGUCUCUUGCCGCUUGUGCUGGCUCUUGCCGCGUGUGCUGUCUCUUGCUGCGUGUGCUGUCUCUUGCCGCGUGUGCUGUCUCUUGCCGCGUGUGCUGUCUCUUGCCGCGUGUGCUGUCUCUUGCCGCGGUGCUGUCUCUUGCCGCGUGUGCUGUCUCUUGUCGCGUGUGCUGUCUCUUGCAGCGUGUGCUGUCUCUUGUCGCGUGUGCUGUCUCUUGCCGCGUGUGCUGUCUCUUGCCGCGUAUGCUGUCUCUUGCCGCGCGUGCUGUCUCUUGCCGCGUAUGCUGUCUCUUGCUGCGUGUGCUGUCUCUUGCCGCGUGUGCUGUCUCACACACCUACGACUAUGCACCUGCUUCCCUUCUCACUGUUGCUCUCUCGCUCACUUGUGCGUUUCUGCCUCUUCCUUUCUGUCCAAUUCACCCUUCCUUUCGCCACUCUCUCCCACAGAGGGAGGUGGACGGGCGCACAUACUAUGACUUUGAAUUUGUGGCGCAGGCUUCGACCUACACUCGCCACGCUCUCGGCACCAUCGCCAUGGCCAACGGCCAGUUCUACACGCUGACAACUGGGGCGAAUGAGCGCCGCUGGAGCAAGGUCGAUGAGAAGCUGCGCACAGUGGUGGCCUCGUUUUUCACUCUAUAG